AGCGGGAGCUGCCGCCGGCUGAGGGAGGAACAGCGCCGGGCACCCGCCGAGCCCGAGGGCUCUGGGCCGCUACCAGCAGCCGCUGCGGGAGAGAAGGAGGGAGGGAGGAAGAUGCGCUGAGCCGGUCGCUGAAAGGUACUGCUAUGUGGAUAUUUGUUAGCAAUGACUGAUGUGGAAUCUACAUAUGCAGACUUUAUUGCUUCAGGAAGAACAGGUAGAAGAAAUGCAUUACAUGACAUCCUUGUGUCCUCUCCGGGAGGGAACUCCAGUGAACUAGCCUUAAAGUUAUCAGAGCUUGAUAUAAACAAAACAGAAGGAGAAGGAGAUGCACAACGAAAUCCAAGUGAGCAAACCGGGGAGGCCCAAGGGGAGGCAGCAAAGCAAGAAAGCUGACAUCCGACUUUGACCGAGUGCAGCAGCUGCUGGAUGUUUUCAGGCUACAAGAGUGUGCUGGAACAAAUUUGUUUCCAUGAGCAAGCUGGUAGAAAAGAAAGUGCAUGUGUCUUCACUGCUGGAACCCACUCAACACAAUGCUAAAAAUCUGGGUACAAGCUGUGACAGAAGACAGAAUUUUCUCUACCUCUGUCAUUAGCAAUGGUUGAACAUGUAUUGAUUUUUUUGGGAUAGUGUCAUCAGAUGGAUCCCUUCAUAAUGACUACUCGAUGGGAACACUUUUAGAAAGUAGAACAGGUAAAUCUUGUAGCAAAUGGCCUUUGAAGCAUCAGAGGAUCUAAUUGUGUAUCUUAAGCGAAGGCUUGUGUGAUCCUCAGAGUUUAAAAUUCUCUGGCCAAAGUGUUUGCCCAUUAUAAGAACUGUAAAGAAAGCACUGUUUUUAGAACUUUGCAUCUGUUUUACAGCUCUGUUAUUUACAAUGGUUUUUGUAUUGUACAACUUAGAUGCUCCACACUGCCCCUUCUCAACUGCUUAUGAAGAAUAUUUCUGUUACUGUGAAUUUUUCUACCACACGUUUUGAAAGGGCUGGUUUUGUGCAUAAGGUGGUGAUGUGCACAUGAUAGAUCUAAAACGUCAACCGCUCAAUUGAAUAUGCCUAAACCUAAAUGACUCAGCAACACUCUAAUUUGUUACUAGAUGAGCCUUCAAAACGAUUUGUUAAUGUGAAUACUUGAGCGUGUGUUGUGUCCUUGGUACAGUUUUGCCACUUGCCUGUAGUUAGUUGCAUAUCAGAGACUCAAAUUGAAUCUUUUAUGUUAUUCUUCCCCAUUUUUCUAAUUUUGGUCCCAGUUUCUUAAUCUUUCUCUGAGAUAUUUUUUUAAAAUGUUAUUCCAAGUAUUUUAUUGUUAUGGUAGUUUUAAGAAUACAUUUAUAACCUUAUAUAGGUUAAAAUUCAAACUAAUUCCAUGGUGCUAGAGGUUUUCCUGAUUCACAAUGUAAAAGAUAGGCCUUGUUUACACAUGGGAAAAUAACUGGCAUAGGUUAUUGCCAAUUAUGCAUUCUGAAAUGAGUUUUAGAAUGCAGUAUAGUCCAAUGAGUGGCUUCUGGGCUGGAUCCAGCAAAGGGUUGGAUUUUUACUAUUCCUUGCCUUUGCCUCAGUUGAUCAGGCUGUUGAGUUUGCACAGCCAGUAGCCUGCUACUGAUGCACCCAAACAGCCAAGUGCUAGAAUCUGCUACAGUAGCCUGGUGGCUUGGAGUUGGAAAGGGAGGUGGGAGACUUGGCAUCUAGCACCCAAAGACUAGAUUUUUUCCCAUUUCAUCUAUUCCAAAAUGACAGUCCAAACUGGGCCUUCAUCAAAAUACCAGGAUAGCUUGUCCAUCCAGGACAUCACUUAAAAUACCUACAAAUUAAUAACCUGUUCUGCAGUAGCUAUUGCUGAUUGAUUUGUUUUCCCCCCUCGUCCUGCCCCAAUAGACAAGGCCAUUCAUGAGGCUGAAUGCUGCAAAAUGGGGCAGCCACACCUCUGUGUGACUAAGGUGAGUGAAGAGAGUGACUGAUAGUAAACCAUGGCAAUCACACAAGCACCAAUCACAAGGUCAGAAGAUUUGUUUUCUUUUAUUAAUAGGAGGUGAUGUCACUUUAUAUAUAGUAUAUAUAUAUAUUAUAUAUAUUUUUGUGUUGUUGGUUUCAAAUGUUAUGCACUUUUUAAUGUUUGUAAACUUUUACUAAUGAAUAGUGUGAUUGCUUCCUGAAUAUAUUAAUCAUCAGUUAACAAAACAUCUUUGUGGCCACAGCUGUUUGUUUCUACCAUGUAUCAUAGUACUUGUCACCUGAAAAUUUUUUGUGAGAUAUGUGGAGGAAAAAACCCACUCUGAUCAGUAUUAUGAGAUCAUUUAUUAGUGUUAAUAAAAACAAGCCAGCCGUAUGCUUGUGGCUCAUGUGUGUAAUAUUAACUCUCACCUCUAGUGUUUGGAAGCUGAAUGCCUUGCUGUCUUAUUAGCUGUCAAAUGCCCUGUCUUCUUGGUAAGAGAAGUAGUCCAUUUGCUUUGGAAAUACUGUUAUCCUUAAACAAUUCUAAUUCAUUUGUUUCACUUGGUGUUCCUUUCAAACUUAACACAUUAUUAUUAACCUUUUUUUAAAUUUUUUCUCCCCCUUUUGUGCUUGCAUCAAGUCUUCAAGCUGAACUGGUUGCCCUUUGUCAUGGACUAGUUACUGUCAAUCUAGCACAAAUGCCAGAAGGAAAUAGGAUUCUAGAGGAUUUUUUAUAGUGUUACUUUAUUGAUGAUGCAUGAAACAUCAUCAGUAAAAUGUUGCAGAAAAAGGCAGUAGUGAAAUAAGUAUUUACAAUAUAUUAAGGUGAUGGUUUUCCUUAUUUUCCUUCACUGCUCUUCUUUAUUUCAGUAUACUUUCCUUCUUAAUUCUUUUGUGUUGUUAAAUAAAAUUAAUUUCAGCCUUUCCUCUCUA